GGUUGGACCAACCUAAUUUAUUGCAACACCCAUAUAGUUUGAUCUGAAUUGAGAGCUGUGUGAUUUGAUCUGAGUUGUUAGUUGAGUUUGUUGGCGGAAGGAAAGGAAAGAUGUCAUCACUGGGAACUUCAAAGGGGAUUCUAGAGAUCGCCAAGUUUGGGGUUUACGUUACUGUACCCAUCGUUCUUAUGUACGUUUAUGCUAGCAAUACCGACAACACCCUCCACAAGUUCAUCGGAAAAAAAUCAUACGUUGAAUAUCCCAAAGAUACACAAAAGCCACCACCACCAGAGGAGCUUAGAGAGAUGGCGAGGGAGAUAGCUCGCAAAAGGAACAACUCCUGAUGCUUCUUGUGGGUUGGUUGUGCUUUAGUGGUUAUGUACUAGUAUCUGUAUCACUUUAAAUGUGCCAUUGCUAUGUAUAAUGUUCAAUCACUUCUAAACAUUUUCAGUAAAAGGUUUUUCUAUCCUUAUUUGCGAAACUCUUAAGUUGUAACAUAUUUUUACUUUCUUUCAAUUGUUUCUGUUGUUUUAUUAUGAAAUUUUCUGCAAUGAACUAUGAAUCUUUGCUUCUUUCAA